GCUCUCUGCUCCCUCCUCUCUCCGAGCGCUUCUCUCUCUGUGUCUCUGCUUCUCCUCAGCUCCGAUCCGGCUCCAGCCCUUUCGUCCUGGUGAAACUUUAACCUCGGUCAUCGCCGCUCGCGGGGUUCCGUUUACCGCCCCCCCGCCUUCCCCCGGCUCCGCAGCAUCCUCGCAGCCGCCCACAGAAGCAGUUCUUCGAUAACAGUGGAAUGAGGAUUGACCGGACGCAGAGAUGAGUUGGUGUUGACGUUGCAGAUUUCGAUCAGGUUUAACGGACUCUCCCUCCUUCUCCGCGAUGGAGGACCCCCCCACCCCGUCCACCUCCUCCCCACCUCCCCCCUCCUCCCCCUCCGCCUCCUCCGCCCUCGUGUUCCGCGUGAACAGACCCGUGUACGAUGAGGAAAAACUCGAGUCCCAGCUCCACAAGAAGGACACGCCCUCGGUGACGAUCAAACAGAGGAUCUCUCAGCAGUGUCAGUGCUCGGCGCAGAGAGCCCGGGCGCUCGUCUUCAGUCUGCUCCCCGUGCUGUCGUGGCUGCCGUCGUAUCCCUUCAAACAGUACAUCUUCUCAGACGUGGUGUCCGGACUCAGCACUGGAGUGGUGCAGCUGCCUCAGGGUCUGGCGUACGCUCUGCUGGCAGCUGUUCCUCCGGUCUACGGCCUCUACUCGUCCUUCUACCCCGUGCUGCUCUACACUUUCUUUGGCACGUCUCGGCACGUCUCAGUGGGUACUUUUGCGGUGAUCAGUCUGAUGAUCGGGGGCGUGGUGGUGCGAGAGGCUCCAGACUCCGACUUCUACAUCCCGGCGAACGGGACAAACAUGUCCGCCGUCCUGGACGAAGUGGCCAGAGACGCUCGCAGGGUCCAGGUGGCCAUGGUCUUCACCACCAUCACCGGAACCAUACAGAUUGUCUUGGGGUUGUUGAGGUUUGGUUUCGUGUCGAUCUACCUCUCUGAGCCUCUGGUCCGGGGCUUCACCACAGCGGCGGCGGUUCACGUGGUCGUGUCUCAGCUCAAAUAUCUCCUCGGGGUGAAAACGCGCAGAUACAGCGGCGCCCUGUCCGUCGUCUAUAGUUUGAACGCGGUCUUCAGUAAAAUCACAGAGACGAAUAUUCCGACUCUGCUGCUGGGCGUGUCGUGUCUGGUGUUCCUGUACAUCAUUAAAGAUCUGAACGAGCGCUUUAAGAAGAAGCUGCCCAUCCCCAUCCCCGGGGAGAUCAUCGUCGUGAUCGUCUCCACGGGCGUCACCUACGGCAUGUCCCUGUCCCAGCUGCACCAGGUCGACAUCGUGGGGCACAUACCAACAGGGCUGAGUGCUCCAGCUCUCCCAGACUUCUCCCUGGUUCCAAACCUGAUCACAGACGCCUUCGCCGUGGCCAUCGUGGGCUACUCCAUGGGCAUCUCUCUGGCCAAGAUCUUCGCUCUGAAACACGGGUACACAGUGGACGGCAACCAGGAGCUGCUGGCGUACGGCCUGUGUAACUUCAUCAGCUCGUUCUUCCAGACCUUCGCAGUGACCUGCUCCAUGUCCAGGAGCCUGGUCCAGGAGAGCACCGGAGGAAAGACUCAGAUUGCUGGGCUGCUGGCGUCUCUGGUCGUGCUGCUCGUGGUCGUGGCCAUUGGGUUUGUGUUCGAGCCUCUGCCUCAGACGGCGCUGGCGGCCAUCAUCAUGGUGAACUUGUUGGGGAUGUUCAGACAGUUCAGGGACAUUCGUCACCUGUGGAGGACGUCCAGGAUCGAGCUGAGCAUCUGGGUGGUGGCCUUCGUCUCCUCGGUUCUGCUCGGACUGGACCUGGGUCUCCUGGUCUCCAUCGCGUUCGGGAUCCUCACCGUCGUCUACAGAACUCAGCAUCCUCACUCUUCAGUCCUGGGCCAGGUUCCUGACACGGCCCUGUACCUCUCUGUGGACCAGUACGAAGAGGCGUCUGAGGAACAGGGAGUGAAGAUUUUCCAGUUCGGCUCCUCCAUUUACUUCGCCAACAGUGACCGCUACGUCUCCAGCCUCAAGGAGCAGACCGGAGUGAGUCCAGAGCAGAUCCAGUAUUUGAGAAAAGUGCAAAAGAAGAAAAUGAAGAAGUCGAAAGAGAAUCACACUCUGGUGGUUUGCGCCAACGAGGAGAGAGGCGUGAGCCAUGAGCUGGUGCCAAAUCACCACAGCCAAGACAAAGAGGAGGAACAGGUGAACGGACAGGUGAAAGGGCAGGUGAACGGACAGGUGAAGGGCCAGUCGACAGGUGCAGACACAGACUCGGAGGAGGCGGUUUUCAUCCAGACUUUGUCCUCUCCGGUCCACUCCAUCGUCCUGGACUGGAGCUGUGUGGGCUUCAUCGACUCAGUGGGAGCUAAAGCCGUCAAACAGGUCAUAAAGGAAUAUGCAGCCGUGGAUGUUUCGGUGGUUAUAGCCGGAUGCAACAGCAGCGUCCUGGACGAGCUGGAGCGAUUACAGUUCUUCACGGAAAUGAAAAGAAGCAUAUUUUUCCCCACGGUCCACGACGCCGUUUUACACUGUCGGAAUUUCAACACGAGUCUCGGCGCGUCUCCGGAAACGUGUGUCUGAAAUCCAGCACUGCCCACACUGGAGAUUUAAAGCCACACUGUGUAACUUUUCUGUCGCCAUGGAGAUGUUAUAUCGCUUUGCCUCGAAUGUCCCCAAGGUACCCAGGCCAAGUUACGCGUCAGAUCUGCGGAGAGGCGGCCCCGGUCUUAAAAAGAACAGAUGAUAAAAGGCCGUGGAGUCGAGCGCAGCAGCGGAAAAGUUACACAGUGCAGCUUUAAAUGGGCGUUUUCUUAUCGGUGUGAUGUUUUUGUAGUUUGAGACACUCCGAAGUCACAGCUCAGUUUAUUUUUGUACAGUUCAAACGUGACAUUCCUGAAGCCUUAAACCUGCUCCUGCUGUAAAACUCUUUCUCUUUGUUCACUACAACUGUUCACGACUGUGAAUUAUUCUGGUUUCCAAAAACGAAAAGAGCAAAGCAAAACAUUUCAGGUACGAGUUUAUUUUGUAGCACUAAGAUACGACAUUUUGUGUGUUUUGAACGCAGGACUGAACCAGGACUAAACCAGGACUGAACCAGGACUAAAACCAGGACUGAACCAGGACUAAAACAAGACUGAACCAGGACUAAACCAGGACUGAACCAGGACUAAACCAGGACUAAAACAAGACUGAACCAGGACUAAACCAGGACUAAACCAGGACUGAACCAGGACUGAACCAGGACUAAAACAAGACUGAACUAGGACUAAAACAAGACUGAAACAGGACUAAAACAAGACUGAACUAGGACUAAAACAAGACUGAACCAGGACUGAACCUGGAUUGAACAAGGACUGAACCAGGACUAAAAUAAGACUGAACCAGGACUAAACCAGGAUUGAACCAGAAAUAAACCAGGACUAAAACAAGACUGAACCAGAACUGAAUCAGGA